UCACUCUCUCUCUCUAGACCCAUUCAUAUUUAAUCCAAUAAAUCUCAUUUUCCGUCGACGUUCCCUGCACACUUUCUCUCUCUCCUAGCUUUUUUUCGAGACACUUGCAAGAACAAGCAAAAGAAAAAGAAAAAAGAAAUCUCAACUUUUGAUUUCUUGGUCUGUCCGAGAAGAUGACUGUUGAACAAGAUUGUGUAGCCUUGGACCAGUUUCCUGUAGGAAUGAGAGUUCUUGCUGUUGACGAUGACCAGACUUGUCUUCGUAUCCUCGAAUCAUUGCUUCAUCGUUGCCAAUACCAUGUUACAACGACGAACCAGGCCCAAAAGGCUCUAGAGUUAUUGAGAGAGAACAAGAACAAGUUUGAUCUGGUUAUUAGCGAUGUUGACAUGCCUGACAUGGAUGGUUUCAAACUGCUUGAGCUUGUUGGUCUUGAAAUGGACCUACCUGUCAUUAUGUUAUCUGCGCAUAGCGAUCCAAAGUAUGUGAUGAAAGGAGUUACUCAUGGGGCUUGUGACUAUCUACUGAAACCGGUCCGUAUCGAGGAGCUGAAAAACAUAUGGCAGCAUGUGGUGAGGAGUAGAUUCGAUAAGAACCGUGGGAGUAAUAACGGCGACAAGAAAGAUGGAUCGGGUAAUGAAGGUGUUGCAAACUCUGAUCAGAACAAUGGGAGAGCAAAUAGAAAACGUAAAGAUCAGUACAACGAGGAUGAAGACGAGGAAAGAGAUGAUAACGAUGAUCCGUCAUCUCAAAAGAAGCCUCGUGUUGUUUGGACGGUUGAGCUUCACAAGAAAUUUGUAGCAGCGGUUAACCAACUGGGGUUUGAGAAGGCAAUGCCUAAAAAGAUUCUUGAUCUGAUGAAUGUUGAGAAGCUGACUAGAGAGAAUGUGGCUAGUCAUCUUCAGAAGUUUCGCCUUUACUUGAAGAGGAUCAGUGGGAACCAACAAGCUAUUAUGGCCAACUCUGACUUACAUUUCUUGCAAAUGAGCAAUGGACUUGACGGUUUUCACCACCGACCAAUUCCCGCUGGAUCCGGCCAGUUCCACGGUGGAGCCGCCGCCGCUGCGGGGAUGAGACCGUUCCCUCCAAACGGGAUUCUUGGCCGACUCAACACUCCUUCUGGAAUCGGUGGUGUCCGUAGCCUUUCUUCUUCUCCUUCUUCGGGAAUGUUCUUGCAAAACCCAACCGAUCUUGGAAAGUUUCACCAUGUCUCAUCACUUCCUCUUAACCACAUUGAUGGAGGAAACAUACUUCAAGGGUUACCAAUGCCUUUAGAGUUCGACCAGCUUCAGACAAACAACAACAAGAGCAUCAUCCCCGGGAACUCAAUGGCGGCUUUUCCUAGCUUCCCUUCAACACAACAAAGCUCCCUUCCUAAUAACAACAGCCACUUGGUUCUACAAGGUCACCCACAAGCAUCUCCUUCAGCCUUCCCUGGACACCAGAUCAAUAAACGUUUGGAACAUUGGUCAAACGCUGUAUCAUCAUCAUCCUCCACUCUUCCCCCUCCUCCUGCUCAAAACAGUAAUAGCAUCAUGAGUCAUCAGUUCGAUGACGGCUCAUCAAGCUAUUCCAUCCCAUUCUGUGACUCUACAAUUCCACUGGCUCCAGCCAUGGAUACAAAUCCACGAGCUUUCUACAGAACCACGGACUUGGAUUCAAAUGCAAAUGUGCAGCCUGGAGGAGUCUAUUAUGAUUCAUUGCAGAUGAGACAAUCAGGCAACUACGGUCCAACCACGGAUGCUUUGUUGAGUAGUAACGCCAAGGAAGGGUUCAUCGUGGGGCAGCAGAAGUUACAGAGUGGAUUCAUGGGAGCAGAAGCUGGUUCGUUAGAUGAUAUAGUCAACUCCACUAUGAAACAGGAACAGAGCCAAGGGGAUUUGUCGGAAGGUGAUUUGGGAUAUGGAGGCUUUAGCUCACUUAGAACAUGCUUAUGACUAUGAGAGAGAACAUUUAGACAACUCAGAACCAUCUUUUGUGAUUUGCUUUUGUCUCUUUCUUUCCCAUAUUUUCUUUGUAACGAAACUGUAAACUAUCUUCAUUUUUCUUUUUUUCUUAUUUUCCCACUCGUUAUAGCAAUUUAGGACUCCCAAUAAAUAAUAAAAGCGAAUUCAUAAAUA